AUGUUCACAAAAGUGUUCCUCCUUACAAUCACUCUAGUCUUACUAGGCCAAGUAAAGGGCGAUAUGGGUAUGAAAUACGCAAUGAAAAUAUACGAGGACUGCCAAAAUGCGGAUGGUUUGAUAUCCUGCUUGAAGAAGAAGGCCAUAUUGUUCUUCGAUCGAGCGGCUAGAAUGCAAUCCAUACCGGUGUUCGACGGUGUCGACAUUGUUAAGGCCUCAGAACCAGAAGUGCCACCUAUUAGUGAAAAUCAAAUAGACGCCAAUCUGCAAAGAGGGUUGGGAAGUAAGGAAGAUACACUGACCGCCAUGCUAUGGGACAAAGUUGCAUCCUUUGCCAAUUCCAGAAUGGUCCAAUUUUCCUUACCGAAGAUGUCCGGUCAGGAGUUAAACAGAGGUGUUGAGGAAGGGCGAGGCAAGAUGAAGAAGAUGAUGGGGAUGAUGAUGGUGGGAGGCGCGAUGAAACUGGCUGCGAUGAUACCACUCGCCAUAGCCGGGCUGUUCGUGCUAGCUGGAAAAGCUUUGAUAGUAUCAAAGAUCGCCCUCCUUCUUGCUGGUAUCAUCGCCAUCAAGAAGAUAAUAUCGCAAAAGAGCAGCGGCGGUGGCCACGAAAGCCAUGGCUGGUCUUCCGGCGGUGGCAGCGGGGGCAGCGGCGGCUGGGACAGGAGAUCUCACAACGACGUAUCUGACUUAGCGUAUUCGGCUUACAAGAGCGAC